UCUCUAUCUUUUUAUUUUCUUUUCAAAAAAAACCAAAUAACUUUGCUUUGCUUUGCAUCUCUCUCUCUCUUCUCUCUCUUCUCUCUCCAUUUGGCGAUAGAAGUCAUGUACCAAUCAUCUUCAUCCACGUCAUCAUCAUCGCAGAGAUCAUCGCUUCCCGGCGGCGGAAGCGGAGGAGGACUGAUCCGAUACGGGUCAGCACCGGGAUCGUUUCUAAACUCUGUGGUGGACGAAGUCAUCGGAGGAGGGUCAAACGCUCGUGACUUCACCGGUUAUAAUCAGCCUUCUGAUAACUUCAUCGGUAAUUUCUUCGCCGGAGCUGACUCAUCCUCGCUGAGAUCCGAUUCGACUACUUGUGGAGUCAACUCAUCAUCCGAAGGACAGAAACAUAAUAAUAAUAACAAUAAUAAAGAUGUCUUCCUCGACAGAUCCUACGGUGGUGGUGCUGGUGGUGGAUUCAAUCAUGAGAUCUCGCUGCACAAGAGCAACGAACUCGGUGGAGGAUCAGGAUCUUACUCUCUCGCUAGACAACGUAGCUCUCCCGCCGAUUUCUUCAGCUACCUCGCCGCUGAUAAAAACAAUUUCGCAUUGAAUCAACCAACCAGUGAAUAUAGUCCGCAAGGAGGGUCGUCUAAUGCGGGACGAGGACAUUCGAGACUGAAGUCUCAACUAAGCUUCACGAGUCACGAUUCUCUGGCUCGGAUCAACGAGGUCAAUGAGACCCCUGUCCACGAUGGUUCUGGCCAUUCGUUUUCAGCGGCUAGCUUUGGUGCCGCCGCUACUGAUUCUUGGGAUGACGGUUCCGGUUCAAUAGGGUUUACCGUCACCCGACCUAAUAAACGGUCCAAGGACAUGGACUCAGGUCUCUUUUCACAGUAUAGUCUUCCUUCAGACACUUCAAUGAACUACAUGGAUAACUUCAUGCAGCUUCCAGAAGAUUCUGUACCCUGCAAAAUCCGGGCCAAGCGCGGUUGCGCCACCCAUCCAAGAAGCAUCGCCGAGCGGGAGAGGAGAACGAGAAUAAGCGGGAAACUAAAGAAGCUACAAGAUCUUGUCCCCAACAUGGAUAAGCAAACAAGCUAUUCAGACAUGCUGGAUUUAGCUGUACAACACAUCAAAGGCCUUCAACAUCAACUUCAGAACUUGAAAAAGGAUCAAGAGAAUUGCACGUGCGGAUGCAGUGAGGGACAAAGCUAGCUGCAACCCUAACGGUAGGGAUUAUCCUAGCUAAUUUUAUUUUUGUUGUUCCGAUAUUUAAUUAUCAUAUGUGGUUUGAUAAUAUAAGAGAAUUAGUGAAGAUGUAAAUAAAUAGAUUAUUUAAUGCCUAAUUCUCUUAUAAAGUUCUCAUUCGUUAUCGUUAUAAGAUACAACAUUGACAAUUGUUUAUUACUAUGUCUUUCUUUUUUUUCUUUUUUUCCAAGUGUUGUCCUAAUGAUGUUGCUUGAUUUAUAAGAACU